ACUUGUUGCUGCCAUCUAGGCAAUCCGCGCGGGCAAUCCGUCCAAUCCUGGCCUCCGUUGUCAUGGGAAACGGGGUCGUUUUGUCGAAGCUUCUCCUGUCAGGCCAGCUAUUAAUAGUUAGAUUCAGUUUCCAGUUACCCAGUUAAGCAGCAACACUCGGAGGGAUCAACAACUUUUGCGGAAACAAAAAACAUGUCCUAUUCCAGCCGAUUUGGUUUCGACUUCCAUCUGCCGGAUGAAGGAUGGUGCUACCCGAAGAACGACAUGCACUUCAUCCGCAGCGCGGAGUGGGUGCCCGUGGAGAAGGCAGGCGUGGGCCGCUCCUUUGCCAAUCCCAAUGGCGUGAUCUAUCCGCGGGUGGUCGGCAUGAUUCCACGCUACGGCGGCCACGUUCCGGGCAACAAAUUUCGUGUGGGCAACACCUAUGGCCGUUCCACCAUCGACGCCAAGCGUCAUCUGGCCCUCAAUCAUGAUUGAGAAGCGAGUUAUCGGAACAUUAGCUCACCAUUAGCCAAUCAAAUUCGCUGUGUUACGCUUACAGAAGCACCCGAAAUAAAUCGUAUGCAGUAGAAGCCUGUAGAAAAUGGCAAAUAGAAAUAAAAUCAUACAAAUCCAAAUUUCCCAGAAAAGCACAUUUAAUUUAUGAUUGCUCUUUCGAGCAAUAAAAUGAAUUUAACUUUAGAUCACAAGAGUAUAUUUGGUAUGGCACGCAAGGUGCCAAAAACACUUUUCUCCUAACAAAUUACAAGAAAAGUAACUA